AAAAAAAUCUUUAAAAGCGCAAGCAUUUCAUGGCAACGCUUAUAAUCGAAAAUAUUUACGAAGAUGAAAGUGACAUCAGCCUUGUUCGCCGCGUGCUUAGUGCUGCUCUGCUCGAGUGGCACCUCAUUUUCGCCAAGAAGAUCUCAUCGGCCCAACAGUCCUAAACCAGUCGCCGACGUCGAUCGCUUUAUACCACCCGCAGCAGCUGAUUUAUUUGACGCCAUUUUUAACCCUAACCCUCAGAAGUCAAGGUCACAUUCUAGACCAGAUGAGUCAAACCAAUUUGUGGGGCCACAAUUUUGUGUCGAUCUGCACAAUUUCAUUUACCACAAUACCGUUUACAGUGCUGGCAGGGAUAUACGCAAUUCGAUCAGAAUUAGUGAUUCCGCUGUGAGACGUUAUCUUCGAGAAAAUGAUGAAGAAUUAGAACAACAGUUCGUGGCUAAUAUCGAUCAAUGUGGCGCAAUACCAACACCAUCAUCCCAGCAGCGAUUCAGCUGUUAUACAGAUGUGAUUGUUGGCGUGUUUACCGAUAUUAAUGCAGCGACGCGUAGACCUCUGUUUAUUAACAAAAACGUAAUACGUUAUCGCUUGGAAGGUCUUUCUUGGAGUUUAUAUGGUGAGUCUAUCAAAUUGGAGAAAUGCUUGUCCCAUAUCCCACGCGAUCCAACUCCACCACCAAAACGCCCUCCUCCUCCUCCACCGCCAAGGACUACAACACCUGCAGACGACACCACUACUAAGAGCACAGAUGAAACUACAAAUGAAACUACAGAUGAAACUACAGAUGAAACUACAAAUGAAACUACAGAUGAAACUACAAAUGAAACUACAGCUGAAACUACAGAUGAAAGCACUGUUGAAACCACUGCUGAAACCACUGCUGAAACCACUGCUGAAAGCACUGCUGAGACCACAGCUGAAACCGUUGAGCCAGAGUCAUCAUCUGCUGUGCCAGAGUCAUCAUCUGCUGUACCAACUGAAACAACUAUUGCCCCUGAAACUUCAACUGCUGAGACCACAGCUGAAACCGUUGUGCCAGAGUCAUCAUCUGCUGUGCCAGAGUCAUCAUCUGCUGUGCCAGAGUCAUCAUCUGCUGUGCCAACUGAAACAACUAUUGCCCCUGAAACUUCAACUAUAGAGACGACAGCAUCGGAGUCUACAGGGUCAGAGGCUUCUUCAGACGUAACUUCGGGGCUUGAAUCAACAACACUUGCACCCUCAAACUCUACCACUGCUGCACCUACUUCACCAACGGCUGAUAUAGUGCAGAGUUCUGGAGAUGAGGAAACAAUCGAAACUGUUGAAACAGCAGAAACAGUAGAAACAGUUGAGAGUGUCGAAAAUUCCGAAAACUCAUCAAGCGACUGACGAGUUGUUUUCAAUAACUUUAAUGAUAUUAUAUUAUAUUAAAUAAAUGCAUUUAUAUAACAAAAAAAGAAUAAAUUUUUUCCAAGAA